AUGACCGUGUUUAUUGCGUCGCUCUUUUUGCCCUACACGGUCAACUUCCACGUUGCCAAGUCCCGUAACAAUGUUGCUGCUUCGGCUCCUCCCCCGGUCGCGAAUCCUGUCAACGAUCCAGUAACUCCGGAAAACACCGCGACCAGUCUUUUCGAGAGGAAAACCCCCAAAAUAACACCAGCUCUCACCCCGGGUGCGACCACAGAUCAUGAGCGCAUCUUUGCCAAUGAUUUAGCCAAGGCCGAGGAGCAACACUCGGGUUACCCAUUUCCUCCAUCUACGCCGCCAACGGGAAAUCAGGUCUUCACGGAGAGUGAAGCCCAUUCUCCAGCCUGGGGCUCGACAAAUUCCCUCACUCAGCCAAAGCGGAAGACCAUCGUAUCUCCUUCUCCGUCGAUCCUGAAGCACCAAGAUCCCAUCGUGCCGAUCAAGAAUUCCAAACCGACGCUCCCGAACAUCCCGGAAACCGAACAGGUCGCGCCAUACCCAGGACGUAAGAAGCAUGCAUCUGUCACUCGAAAGAUGUCCUUUUCUCGGGCGGAAUGGACCAUUCAGACCGCGGAACAAGGAAACGGUGGUUUACGCAAUGCGGUUCGCUCCGCCAAAGACUCGGGGUACUUAGGUGAGAUGAUGUGGGUAGGCACUCUGGGAAUGCCCACCGAUGCCUUGGCAGCACAUACUCGCAAUGAGAUUGAAGAGAAGUUGGAAGACGAGUACGACUCGUUGACCGUGUUCGUGCAUGAUGGCGACUUUGAUGGACAUUACACCCACUUCUGCAAGACUAUCCUCUGGCCCGUGUUCCAUUACCAGAUCCCUGAUAAUCCGAAGAGCAAAGCGUAUGAGGAUCAUUCAUGGAUUUACUAUGUGAAACUUAAUCAGGAAUUUGCGGACCGGAUCGCCAAGCACUGGAAACGGGGUGAUUCGAUAUGGGUCCAGGACUAUCAUCUAUUACUUGUCCCGGCCAUGCUACGGAAGCUACUUCCCGAUGCACAGAUUGGCUUCUUCUUGCACAUCGCAUUCCCUUCUUCUGAGGUCUUCAAGUGCAUAGCUCCGCGCAAGGAGCUGCUCGAAGGCAUCCUCGGUGCUAAUCUAAUCGGUUUCCAGACCAAAGAAUACUGUCGACAUUUCUUGCAGACUUGCAGUCGUAUUCUUUGCGUGGAGGCAACCAAUGAAGGAAUUCAGAUGGAGGAUCGCUUCAUCAACGUGGGUACCUUCCCCAUUGGUAUUGAUCCGACUUCUUGGGAUAAGAGACGCCAUACACCAGAUGUGGAACAAUGGGUCGAUAUCAUUUCCGAGCGAUACCAAGGCAAACGGCUAAUUGUGUCUCGUGACAAAAUCGAUUCGGUGCGCGGAAUUCGUCAAAAACUGCUAAGCUACGAGCUAUUCCUCAACACCUACCCUGAAUGGGCAGACCAGGUAGUCUUGAUUCAGGUCGCGACUAGUACUACAGAGCAGCCCGAGUUGGAGGCUACUAUAUCUGACAUCGCUAUGCGAAUCAACUCCACCCAUUCGACACUAGCUCAUCAACCUCUGGUUUUCUUGAAACAAGACCUUGCUUUCUCCCAAUAUCUCGCUCUGAUUACUGUCGCGGAUGCUCUGAUGAUCACAAGUCUUCGUGAGGGAAUGAAUCUGACCAGUCAUGAAUUCGUCUACUGCCAGGAUGGCAGCUACGGCGACAAGAAAUACGGGUCUCUCAUUCUGAGCGAGUUCACUGGCAGCGCUUCUGUGUUUGGGAAUCACGCUCUCCUUGUGAAUCCUUGGGACUACCGACAGUGUUCAGAAGCCAUCCACACAGCGCUAACACGGAGCGAAGAAGAACGUAAAGAAGUGUGGGACGAGCUUCAUCGUGCAGUUUUGAGCAACUCUACUGGUAAUUGGGUCAAGUCGUUCAAUGAAUCUUUGAAACAUGUUUGGAAUGAGCAGUCAUCACGAGAAAUAAUGGCUGUUCCUCGACUCUCCGUCCCCAGGCUUGUCGAGCGAUACCGGCAGACCAAGCGCCGGCUCAUGAUUAUGGACUACGAGGGUACCCUUGCCUCAUGGGGAUCCCCACAAAGCAUCAUUCUUACCACCCCUCAGCGAGCCAUUACAACACUGACGGAACUCACCGAUGAUCCUGCUAAUCUGAUCUACGUGAUGAGCUCACGCAUGCCAGAGGAGAUGGAACGGCUAUUCCGCCAAGUCAAUAAUUUAGGACUCAUCGCCGAGAACGGAUGUUUCGUCCGUGAUCCUCAGUCUGACGAGUGGACUCGUCUCGCAAAGAAGACACACAUCCAGAGUUGGAAGAAGUCCGUGUCCAACAUUUUGAGCUACUUCAAAGACCGGACCGAAGGCAGCUGGAUCGAGGAACGCCACUGCUCGCUCGUGUUCCACUAUGGUUCUGCCGAGGAUCGUAUUGGCGCCAGUCGUCUCGCUGCUGAAUGUGCCGACCAUAUCAACGACGCUUGCGCUAGUUACGGUGUGCAUGCGAUCCCCGUCGAGGGCGCGCUGAUUGUGGAACUCGUGAGCACCAGUAAAGCGUCAGCUGCAGAGCAGGUCUGGCGAUGGUGCUUAGGAUCUGAUAAGGCAGAAGAGGUCACGAAACCGGAUUUCCUCCUGGUCAUUGGUGACAACCGUGAAGAUGAGCCCGUGUUCCGCUGGGCCAAUAAGUUGCAAAAAGCUAAUGCCGUCGAUUACGCCAUGACGGUCACAUUAGGAUCGCGAAGCACUGAGGCCCAAGCGACAUUGACUCAGGGAGUAACAGGUGUCCUGUCUUGCUUGCAACAACUAACUGCUCGCCCGAAGCCCGAAGCCCAGCAGCGCCCGGCGAAUCCAAUCUAA